AUCUAUUCUCAGGACAGGAGAAAGGCAGAGGCAGGAAAUGGACCAAAGGUGGACAGACACCUGCAGAAAUACCUGCAUGUUUUCAACAACAGUAAAGAAAUGAGAAUAUCUGAAUGAGUUAAUCACAUUUGGAUUAUUAUUAUUAUUAUUAUUAUUAUUAUUAUUAUUAUUAUUAUUAUGAUACUUGGAUUAUUUUGAAGACGUCAGUGAUGAGCGUUCAGGCUGAUGCAGAGACAAACAGUUUCAGUCUGUCCACGAUGGCUGGUAGUGAUGACAGCGACGAAGAGACCAGUCAAGAGGAACAGCCAAUCACAAGCUGGAAUGACCUGUCCAUCAUAGAGCGGGUGGGACUCAACAGUGUAGAGAUGUCAGAGAAGGACCUGGAGACUGCCUUCUCUCAGAUCACUCUGGCGUUCCGCUGUGAUCAGUACACCCUGAAGCAGAGGCUGCAGGCGGAGGAACACGCCCGAAACCUGGCUGAGGAGAACAUCCAACUGGAGCUGACCAGAGGCAGAGAGACCCUGGAGACUCUGAAGGCCCUGUGUCUGGACAGUAAGCGCAGUAAAAUCCUGCAGAAGCUGGAGCUGUCUCUGGACAUCCUCGGAGGAACCGUUGAACGGAUCUCCAACACAGCGGAGGUGCUCGGAGCUGUGCAUCAGGAGGCUCGAGUCAGCCGGGCCGUGGAGCUCAUGGUGUCUCACGUGGAGAAUCUGAGGAAGAGAUAUGACAAGAACUUGACAGAGCUGAAGGAGGCCAGGAGGAUGAUCCAGCAGCAGAAGUCCUCCAGAAACAUCAUCUAUACCAGAGCGUCACCAGAGACAGAGGAGAGCAGCGACAGUAUGAACAGCUCAAAGCAGAGCAGCCUUCGUCGCAGGGUUAGUAUAUCAGUCAUCACCAACCAGACACAGAUGCCUUCCUCUUCCUCCUCUGCUCCGGAAAAGAAAAAGCGAGACUCAAAGAAGAAGACCAGUGGAGGAUCAUCAUCCUCCAGUAAGAAGUCCUCCACCUGCCCAUCUCCAACCCACAGCUCCGAGUCCAGCUGCUCCACUAUGACUAAGGACGACAGCUGCUCCGUGGACGACAGGCCACUUGUUGAUCCAAUUGAGACACCGUCUGAAGCUCCGCCCCCUCCACCUCCUCUGGAUCCAGCUCCUAUUCCAAAACCAGAGUGCCCACCUUUGAAGCAAGUGGCCUCCAGAGACGCUCAGAACACAAACUCCCCGAUGGACACUUUACGACAGAGACAUAGAAGCAAAGCCACGCUGUCCAAGAAAAAGGCAGAAAGAGAAAAAAAGAAUCCAAACAUUUACCGGCAACUUUCUGCAGGAACGUCUGGAUCCCUGUGGAAACGUCCUGUGACUCAGUGGCUGUAUCGCUGUCGCUGGGCGCUGCUCGGCGUCUACCUCCUCGUGCUGCUCGCUGUCAUAACACUGACCUACUUCUUGUGGAAGCUUAAUGAUGCUGCCCCUGAGUCAUGAUUUGUGCUCAUGAAAUAUCACCAUCAGCAUAUUUCUAAAGUGUUUGUUGUAUGUGUAGAGAGAAGACUUGAAAUCAACUCGCUGAACUCUUUGUAUGAUUACAUAAAACUUUUUGUUGUAAAA